GCACGGACCCUGCGUGAUGUAGAGUCCCAGCUGGCAGAAGGAGAAAGGGUGCAGGUUUCUAUGUCCUGGAGUAUUUUUAGCAGCCCCCGCCCCGUCCUGCUCUGUCCUGUCGCUGAGAUGCUGGUGUCCAGAGGAAGAGGAGUGGUGGAGGGAAGAGGAAGUGAGGAACAAUGACUCCGUCCACAGAAGAGCUGGACCUCAGACUGGACCUGGACUUGAGUGUGGAUCUAAACAUUUGGAGCCAAAAAUGGAAGUUUGUUGAGGGAGCAUGUUGGUGACAAAGAUUGAAGUCAGAGAGGCCUGUGAUUGGCUGAGAGCCGCCGGCUUCCCUCAGUACCUGCAGCUGUUCUGCGACGGCAGGUUCCCCAUCGACCUGGACUGGGCCCGGCAGGAUCAUCGCUUCCUGGACGACGACGCGCUGGACUCCCUCUGCAGGAGGCUGAAGACUCUCAACAAAUGUGCGGCGAUGAAGAUGGGGCCGCGGACAUUAAAACGUCGGGCUGAUGACAAUGAAGACGUCUUUACCAUCAGCCCCAACUGGACCUACAACAGAAGCAUGCGGCAGUGGCAGCACCUGGACCUGCCCGACAGCCCGGCCUCGCUGCGACACGCCUCUCUGAAUGACGUGAGCGACCCCCACGACCUCAGCGGGAGCAGCAUCGAGGGGCCAGUCGGCUCAGAGCGAGAGUCCUUCCGGAUCUGGACCCAGAAGAGCUGCUCCCUGGACAGCUCCUUCAGGAGGCCGCCAUCCUCUGGAGACAGACCCUCAUGGUACCGAGACAAGCCUCCGAGGAAGAAGAGUUCCAGCCUGUUGAAGAAGAUGGAGAAGCUGCGACUGAGAGGAGCCGGUAGUUACCGUGACGACGAGGCCACCAGUGGAGUGCAGGAGGAAGGAUGGAUGACCAGAAGCUCUACAAGUCUUCCCAGUCGAGCCGACAGCGGCGUCUCGUCAUCCUCACCUGCUUCCUCUCGCACCAUCAGUAGCAGCAGCAGCCAAUCAGAGAGCAGCAGCGUGGUGAGCACGCCGAGUCCAGUGGCACGAGUCCGGAGCAACUGCAAACGCUACAACAGCGGCGCGGGCCGGGAUUUGACCCCGAAUGUCAAGCGCCGCCAUAGGGUCAGCGCCGGCCGACACGAUCUGGUCUUCGAGGUCCCAGAUGGACACAAACCCGGCACCUUCCCGACCUCGCUAGCCUGCCAGCACCCGGCGCUGUCCUCCGUCACCCUUGACUCGUCCGUCACCUGGAGGACUGGAAGUUUUCACGGCUGCCACGGACGACGGAGUCGGAGCUCAGGCCAGGAGACCACCUCCAGCGGCUCCAGUCCUCUCGCCCUCCCGGACCACCGGAUGAGCGUCUACGACAACGUGUUCGACGUCCAGCGAGCUUCUGAGAGUGAAGAUGGGCCCGAGUCACAGGGGCUUCUGGACCACCAGGACGUCUCCUCAGCUCUGGACAGCGUGUUGGAGAGAAUCAGCGGGCUGCAGCAGCUGCUCUCGUCUUGGUCAGAUGAGCUUUCUGAAGAAGACGGCCUGAGAGGAGACGACUUGUCGUCCUCUUCUUCUCUGGAGGAGCCUGUCACUGACGGAGAGCUUGCCACCGGACCUCAACGCAGCAGAGGAAACCAGUCCGUGGGUUCAGAAGUGGACCGCCUGUCCGUCACCCAGAUGAUGCUGCUGCAGAAGCUGUCGCUGCUCCGACUGACCGCCCUGAUGGACAAGCACUCGCCAGCCAGCAAGCGAGGAUGGAACUGGACUCUACCCAAACCACUCAAGAAGGAUCAGCAGUCGGAGGUGAAAGGCACUCGGGUGUUCGGAGCUCCCCUGCAUCUCAGUGUGAAGAAGAGUGGAGAACCACUUCCCCAGGCGGUGAUGGGAGCUCUGGAGUACCUAAGGACUGUGGGGUUACACCAGGUGGGUCUCUUCAGGAAAUCUGGGCUCAAGUCUCGAAUCCAGACCCUGCGUGAGCAGGUGGAGUCGGAUCCUGAGGUGUCAUUCCACGGUCACUCUGCCUACGAUGUGGCCGACCUGCUGAAGCAGUACUUCAGGGACCUGCCCGAGUCCCUCUUCACCAGUAGACUCUGCCAGACCUUCCUCCACAUCUACCAGUAUCUCCCCAAAGACCAGCAGCUGGAGGCCACUCAGGCGGCUAUCUUGCUGCUCCCAGACGAGCACCGGGGGGCGCUGCAGGUGCUGCUCCACUUCCUGUCUGACGUCGCCAGCAUCCCAGAGAACCAGAUGACCUCCACAAACAUCGCUGUCUGCUUGGCACCUUCGCUCUUCCACCUGAACACAACGAAAAGAGACCCCUCCAGGUCACGUCACAGGAAGUUGAGUCUGGGUCGCCCAGACCAGCGGGACCUGAGCGAGACCCUAGCUGCCACUCAGGGUCUGGCCUUUAUGAUCAGCGAGGCGGAGCGACUCUUCCAGCUUCCAGAGUUCUGGCCCGGUGACUGUUCCGACUCUGCGGCAUCGAUGGGCGCUCAGGAAGAGCAGCUAACACAGCUGCAUGAGAACACUCAGAUACUCCUGGAUGAUGCUGAGGAGAAGAGCCCGGGCUGGAGGAGCCGGGUUGCUCCAGAACACAUAGAACUCUCCUUUAAGAAGGUGGACGACAGCUGCCCCCUCUGGCUCUGGAGAGGUCGUCUGGAGGUCAAGGCCUCAACACAGGUUCUGAUCCAGAAGCUGCUGAAGGAGCCAAACUUCUGGGAUUGUGGAGUCGGUCAAGCUACAACAGUGACAUCUCUGUCGGAAAAUGCAGAUGUGAUCCUGGUGCACCAGGCUCACGGCGCCCGCUGGCGCCCUCUGCAGGAGCAGCUGCUGAUCAGGACCUGGAGGUCAGAAGGCCCUGGACCUUUGUUCAUUUCCUGCGAGUCCACAGAGCAUCUUGAGGUUCCUCAAGAGGGCGUCAGAGAGCACAUCUACUCCUGCCUCUUCCUGCUGGAGCCCACUGACACAGGAACCACCCUGCUGACCCACAUCUGCCGGACUGACACCAGGGGGCGCUCUCUGGAGUGGCACUGCAGAGUGAGCGGUCACCACCUUGCUGCCGGACUCCUCGCGAUCAGGGACUUUUUCAGAGACGACAACCAAGAGGCCUGAGUUUCUGUUCUGAUCCUGCAACGCCAGCUCGGACUCCUCACCGUCUCCCUGCUGAGACACAUUUGCACACUAGACGACGACAACCUUCUGGGACAGGAUCACUUAGACUCAAACCUUCUGACAGGAGGUGGAAGAAGCAGACAUCAGUGUAUCAUGAUUUAAUUUUAAAAAAAGAUUUGCUCUUCAUUGUUUCAUCUGGGAAGAGGGGAGCUCAGAGGAACCUUCGGGCGGCUGUGACACAUCACAUCCUGCUGACAGGGUUCAGUCCCAGGAUCUCAAAUCCCUUCGCCAUGACGGAGGCAGUGGCCUCACAGAGGAGCAUCCUCCACAUGUUGAUCUUCACCACCUCACCUGCACGCACACAAAAAUGAUGUACACAAGCAUGACAGCAGGGGGACCGAUGAGUAAACAUGUA